GUGUCUCUAUUGGCACGUGACGCACUUACCUCAAAGCAGUGUGAGGCUUUUUGUUUACGGUUGCUAAGACAACACGUUGAGCGUGUAUACAGAAAGCCCCGGGAACAGAUGCAGACAAAUCAUUUUUUAAACGCGUUUAAAAUUAAAGUCACUACAGGGUAAACGCUGACAUUUACUAAAUAUUGCACCAGGAAAUACCGCGAGCCUUGAACGUUUUAAAAAAAGAUGGCUGAAAUGGAAGCUACAGACAACAUCCUCAUUACAGAAACCCCAGACCAGUAUAAAGACUCUUACUUUACCUACGAGGACCCAUUUGAGCGCUCAGUAAAGUACAUGGAGAAACACAACAUUCUUUACAUCUUUCAGGAGAUUACAGAAAACUUGGUGUAUGCAAGACCUGAAGAACCUCUUCAGUUCAUGUUAGAACAGGUGCAAACUAUGAUCAAGAAUAAGAAGGAAACCAAUUAAAGCAUUUAAUUUAAUUGCACGGAAGGACUUACCAUAGCCACAUCAUGAACAGGCACCAGGUGCAUAGUUGAAGAUGACAACCACAAUUUGUUUUUAUUUAGUAGUCACAGUUGAGCUAGAAUUGCAUCAAUAAUGUUAUUCAGGGUCCUGGUUUCCGUUGAUAAUAUAAAAAUAUGACAAAACUUGAAAAGAACAUUUUAGAAUCCUUUUUAUAUUUUUACAUGUUUUGAUUGUAAAACAAACCAACCUGUACAAUCUUAAUAGCUAAACUGAGUGUGUGUCCGUGUGUUUUUGCAUUUAAAAAUGUUUUUCCACCUAUGAGGGUAUCCUUUUUAAUCCAUACUGUAAAUAAAAGCUUUUAGGGGUUUCUUGUAAAAUGUUGUCAAUGCAACAAAAUAAAAAUAUAUACAUUUCAGGAAAAUAAAGGCAAUGUAUUGCUUCUUUUGCUACCAGAAUUUAACAUGUGGAUUUCAGAAACGUAAAAUGUGCAAAACAAAAUUAUAUUGUUUAAUACUUUUGUGGAUUUUUUAAAUGUAGAUCAAACAUAAAUUGAUGAAAUCGUGAAAAGAAAUGAUCUCAUUAGUAGUUAUGGUACUAAUAAGAUGGUACACUGAAUCAGUUUAGUUUUACACAUAAUAUGAUAACACAUUUUAGUGAUCAGUACAUACAUACUGUAUGCAAAAUUACCAUUUGCAGAAGUCAAGAAGGAUGCCUGUCAGUCACACUCUUAUGCGUGCCAGUUAUGUAAAAGCCCUGAUGUAUUUAGCUCAGAAUAUAGAUUUAGAAUUGUAUAGUAUAUUGGUGGUUUUAUUUCAAUAAACAGCAUGUUUAACCUGCAUGUACCUUAUGCUAUGUUGUUCAUUCAAAUAUUCCAAAUGGUACACAACCCUCCAAUAAGUGUGGAGAAUAAAGAAAU